UUUUCAUGAGUGAGUUGAAUGUUUGACACAAAUCAGUUGAACAGCUGAUGCAAAUUUUAAGCCACAAAUCUAUGUUUCACAAGGUGUUUCCCCUAGUGAGGGCCUCAACCAAUCAGUCAGACUUUUAUGAUACACAGAAAAAUGAGUGUUUGUGAUAUUUAAUGGUUUCCUGUGCUCUUCAUCCAAACAAUUCCACAAUUACAACAUGUGUGCAAGUUCGAAACAUGGGGCAAUGUCCAACAGUUAACACUGCUGAGCUUGCUAUAGCCAGACUUUUUGCCUCAAAGAAUGACUUUGCAUUCGUGUUGCAACCAGUCAGAAUUCACAGCAGUUGGAGUAAUUGUCUCUAAUGAGAAGCUAUGCCUGUGCAGAAACGAGAUUUGAUCACAGUAGGAUGUCAACUUUUAUAAGUUGUCAUGGCCUUUGAGGUUCAGAACAUAUACAGCACACCACAGAUUCCGCGCAAGCGGCCAUGUUUACGUCCCCGCCGAAUGACGCUGAUCGAUCUCAGAAAUGUACGGGUAGAUGAAGAUGACAAUCAGCCCUACAGAAAAUGCAGCACUGCCACAAUUCGAUCAGAAGGAACCGGCACACAGUAUUAUUCCAAGCAUGGUGGAAUCCAGCACAUGUAUGACAGUUCGGACACAGGCAGCCUGGAUUCCUUCAAGAGCACCUCCUCUUACAUGAGGAUUAGGAGGGUCUCCAGUUCAGUAGAUGGAUCCAGUAGAUUCCCCAAACUUUUGGAGUGUGCCCAUUUUCAUUAUGAUGUGGUAGAACUUCCUGGUUUUCAGGUAAGUUUGUGUGAUGAAGAGCAGGAGAAUUUCCACCACGUCAAUGGGGAGGAGGAGGGAACAGCAUACCUCAUCAAGAUCACCUGUGGAAACAAGUCGUGGAUGGUCAAGCGGACACUCAAAAACUUCUGCAUGCUGGACAGGCAGUUGCACAAGUGCAUUUUUGACCGCAAGUUCAGUAGAUUACCAGAUCUUCAAAAGUCUGAUGAAGGAAGCGUUUCUAAGGAAAUGGAACUUUUUCUGCAGUCUUACUUGAAGAGGUUUUCAGACAUUGCUGGUAGUAUGAUCAACUGUGGUUCAGUGCUCAACUGGUUUGAGAUUGACAACAGAGGGAACAGAUUACUUGUCGUGGAUGAUUCAGGAAUCAAUACCCCAGCCAUAGCGGCAGCUCAUGCAGUAAAAAGAUACACUUCACAGGCUAUAGAUGAAAUAUCAUUAGAGGUUGGAGACAUUGUGUCUGUGAUUGAUAUGCCUUCUAUUGAGGACACAAUUUGGUGGAGAGGAAAACGAGGUUUUGAGGUGGGUUUUUUCCCUGCUGAGUGUGUGGAGGUGAUAGGAGACAAGAUCCCAGCAUCCGUCCAAUCUAUGGUGCCAGUCAAUAGCAAUAUAGUGCGUAAACAUGGAAAAUUUUUAACUUUUCUGCGGAUGUUUUUCUCCACACGUCCCCCUCGUAACCAGUUAAAACAGUCCGGCAUUGUCAAAGAGAGAGUGUUUGGAUGUGACCUUGGUGAGCAUCUGCUGAACUCGGGACAUGAUGUUCCUCUUGUCCUUAAGUGUUGUUCUGCCUUUAUUGAGGAGAUGGGAAUUGUUGAUGGCAUCUACAGGCUUUCUGGAAUCACAUCCAACAUACAAAAAUUAAGGUUGGCCUUUGAUGAGGACAGAGUUCCUGACCUAACGGAGGAGAUUUACCUACAAGAUAUACACUGUAUAAGCUCACUGCUUAAAAUGUACUUCAGGGAGCUGCCCAACCCACUCCUUACCUAUCAACUUUAUGACAAGUUUGCUGAAGCUGUAAGAGAUGAAGACAAUAAAUUGUGGAAGAUCCAUGAUGUUGUCCAGCAACUUCCUCCUCCCCACUACAGGACAACCGAGUUCCUAAUGCGCCACCUAGCUAAAGUUGCAGCAUUUGGCAAAGAAACUGGUAUGCAUUCCAAGAAUCUGGCCAUAGUGUGGGCCCCUAAUCUUCUCAGGUCAAAGGAGCUGGAGUGUGGGGGAGGGGCUGCAGCUUUACAGGGUGUGGGGAUCCAGGCUGUUGUCACUGAAUGCUUGAUUGUGUAUGCUGACCUCAUUUUUAGUGACAAACUACCCUCAUAUUCCUCACCAGAUCUGAAACCUUUGAGGAAAAAGCCCAGACCCAAAUCCCUGGCAAUCUCCACUCCAACAAAGUUGAUAACUUUAGAAGAAGCCAGAGAAAGGGCUCUAUCAGCAAGCCUACGUCCCCCACACCAGAAGUACAUAGAUGUGGGCAGUGGGCCUAAAGGCUUACCUGAGAAAUACCACACGGUCUUGGAUCUACCAGGCUACAGAAAAAAAGUUCCUUUGAAGGAGGUUGGAAAUUUAAAAACAAAAAAGUCUCCUAGUGGAUGGAGGUCCAUAUUCUCAAAGGGAAAUCGACAAAGCAGUAUGAAGCACAAAAACCAUAAAAGUGGACUGUCACAAUCUCUAGGCACUGGGAUGGAAAGGAAGGCCAUUACAGAGGAAGAUGUGCAGACAUGGAAGAGAAGGCGACUAAGGGGCGCAAAAAGUGCUGAGUCACUGCUGGUUCUCCAACAGUCCUCUUCCAUUGAUAGCACCAAGAGGAUGUCCAGACUCGUAGAUGAGAAUAUGCUGAUGAAAAUGUUCCAAGAGGAAGAAAGCAGACGUCCUUUGGGUCACAAGAGAUCUCUUUCUUCUGAGUCCCCCAGGAAUCUUAUUCAUACAGAGGAGAUUAAGUACCCUAGCUAUAUUGUGGCUGGCUCCAGAGAGAUGGCUAUUGAUGUUGAUAACUCAAAGGAUGGUAUUGAGAAUGAAAAUCCAGAUAAAAGAAAACAGAAGCAAAAUUUUGUUCGCUCUGAGCCAAAGCGAAGAGUGGUAUCUCAUCGGAGGACACCUUCAGCACCUCUAAGUCCAAAAAUGGAUGAAUCUCGAGAAAAAAGCCGAAGUCCAAAAAUGUCAAAGCAAAAAGGCAUCUCACAAAGUGUUGUCGAAAUUGAGCAUCGGGGCACAGAGGGAUUGAGGGAAAAUCUCAUGUCAUCUUCCAUUGAUGCAGAAAAGUUUGUGUUACAUAUGGAUGACAAAGACUUGUUAAGACCCAUUGAUCAAAAGGGUAAGAGUCCCUCAAAUGACAGUCAUAAAGGGAGGCACUCCAAAUCACCACAAAGAGAUUCAAAGGAAAUGUCCACAUCUCCUAAGGAGCAUAAAAAAAUCACAGACAAAAGUUAUAAAUCUCAGAAGAAAGAGGAAGUGAUCGAUUUACCAGAAAGUCCAGGAGCUCGAAGGAAGAACUGGUUGAGCAGUUCAUCAUCCACCCCAUCUACAACACCAGAUGAACCACCACCACAGCACUACUUCUCCAGACAUCAUGACUAUGCAGAAAUUACCGACAGUAGUGAAAAUGAAGUGGGUAACAAUACUCAGUCAUCCUCUUGCCUAAGGGCAGAGGAAAAUGUAAACCGUUUAUCUGACAGCUAUGAUAAUGUAGACAAUGGUAUGUUUUAUCUUCCAUCUGAUGACUCUGAUCUUCUCCAAUCCAUUGAUCAGGCUACAAACCUCAAAUCUAUCAACCAAGCUGCUAAUAACAGUGUAACAUCCUAUUCCUAUAGUGAAAGUGAAACAAAAUUUUCUUCUGUGGAAUUUCAUCAAUCUAGAACUGAAGAACAAUCUAAGAUGUCAAAGUGUUUAAGUGUUCCCUCGGAUAUUCAGAAAUCACUGGAGAAUCUGACAUCUGGAAGUCAGACAGAUUUGUUAUCUUCCAUCACACUGAGUGAAGUAUCCACUUCUAUUGACAGUUUCAGUCUCGGUGAGGAGAACAGUAGUGGUUUGGAACGAAAGCGAAGAAGUGCCUCAUUAGAUAGUUUGACCGAAUCUCCACUCACUAGGACAUUAAUAGAGAUAAAUGCUCAAAUUGACCAGGCUUUCAAGAAAGAAGUCCAAAAGGCCAAAAAACUAAAAGAGGAGAAAAGUUUGUCUAUUGAUUCAGGUGAUUUCAAGGAAGAGAUUGCAACCAGUAUUAAUGAAUCUGCCAUUCAAGACUCAAAUACAUUUGUGGACAGGCCUGCUGCUGAAGUGCAAGUAGUAGAAACCCCUAGAUUAAUUCGUGCUCCAUUACGUAGUGCCAAAGACAAAAACUUUUCACUGAAUGUUGGACAGUCUGCUGAAUCUACAAACAACUCAUCCUCAUCAUACCACUCAAAAACACAAACACCUGAAGAACAUCUCGUCACAUUUUCCUCUGUACAGCAAGUUCAUAGUGCAUCAUCAGAGUCCAGAAUAUUCUCACCUCAAGAAUCUCCCAAACAAACCCAGAAAGGAUAUGCUUCCUCACUGCCCACCAUGUCCCCAGUGUCGAGUCCAAUCAUGGGGAGGACAGGAAGUUCACCACUCACAAGUCCAGUUCAGAGACGCCUAAAGCGUUCACAACCAAACACGCCAACACAGCCCUGUCGACAGGACAGCCCAGUGUCUAGCCCUGGUGCUGCCCGUGGGGGAUUUAUUUCACCAAUGAUGAGCCCAACUAGUCCUGAUCAGCCUUUCGAGUGUGAUUCACAACAAAGAAAAUUAUCCAGGAGAGGAAAAGUGACUUUUGAUUUGUCUGAUGAUGAUCUGUAUUUCCUUGCACAGCAAGGAAUGAAGAGAGAGACACUUACAAGAACUGACUCUAAUUCUUCCUCUUCUACUGUGUCUAGUCUUUCAAGUCCUGAAGCCAGGCUUAAACAGUCAUCCAGACCUGAAAAUUCUCAGUCUGCAGUUCCUAAACAAUCUGCUAAAAGAGACUUUCCUCAUUUACUUCUUUCCUCAGCAAGCACAGACUCCAAAUCCACGUCUAGUCCACGUUCUCCAAGAAACCAGCCAAGGUGGGAAGAUUUAGCAGGUCUAAAUCAAGAUUUUCGAGCUAUGGCUGGCUUGGAUAAGUCUCCAAACAAACCUCAGGGCAAAGCAAGUAAAGUCAAACCAACCACACAAGUUCCUUCAACCCAGGAAUGCCAAGACUCAUUUGAUAAAAAGUUGCAUGAUCUUUCAAAUUUUAAUGAACUUUGGAAAAACCAGCUUGCACCUACUGGGGAUGUGUGUAGAUUGAAUGAUAACAAAGACAAUGUUCAUUCUGAUGAUAAGCAUUUGUUGAAGAGGUCUGCAACAAUGCCAGCCGUCAUGGAGGUUCCAAAAUCAUCGAAUCACAGAGAAAGAACACCAGAGUGUAGCACGGAUGAAAGAACAGUAGUCGAAGAAAAACCCAUGAUAAAGAAAUGUUUGACUGACUGUGAUCUCCCUCAGAUUAAGCACUGUAGUAUUGUUACACAGGGUAGUUGUGACACUUCUUCAAGUUCAGAGAUGCAUUUGAGUGAAUCAGGGGCAAGUCUGAUGGUGCAUGAAGAAAGUAUUGACAAUCAAUUCAGUAUAUGUAGGACUGAUAGUUACAAUAGGGCUGUGGGGCACUCAGCGGAAAGGAAUGGAAUUGAGAUUCAGCAUAAAAUGGAUAAAUCUGAAAGUGGACAAAAAGUUAACAAAGUUCACAAAAUAGAUGGAAAAGAAGUGGUGUUAAAUAUGCCAGUCUUGCCUCCUCUGGAGCUUUCUGGAUUUCCUAAGUUUGAAAACACAGAUGAAGUUCCAAUAACAGGUGCUUCCAAGCUAACCUGUGAUAAAAGUGAUAAUGCCAGUAAUAGGAAUGAUUUACUGGGAGGUGAAGCAAGCUUUCCUGUAAAUUUGUCUGACAGUUAUUAUGACAAUUCUGAGCCCAUGCCAUAUGGAAUGGAUAACACUGAAAUGGAAGCUAUGAGUAACACUGAUAUAACUCCAUUUGGAGGGCAUAGUAGUAUGAUGAAUGAAAUAGAUAUAAAUGAGAGUUGUUUUGGAAUCCCAACACACCAGAAUCUCAGCAAUGAAAUGAGAGAAAGAAUGCAAGACAGAUUUAAAGCAAUGAAGGGCCAAGAUACUUGUUCUUCAUUAAAUGAUGACGUACAGUCUGGACUUGUUCAUGAAUUCCCAGAUCAUCUAGGAAUUGAUGAAAGAUAUGAUCAUCCACAUGGAAUGGAGGUUGAAGCUUCAGUGAUUGCAUCAGGGUAUACAUCAAUUACAAGACCAGCAGAGGACAUACGAAUGUUAUCACAGGGGCCAUUGAUAACUGCAGAACCAUUUGUUGUGGAGCAAAUUGAACCUUACAGUCAAAUGGUAAAACACAUUGAUAACUCUGAAGAAGAGGCUCAGAAUGCAAUUAAUGCAGACAAAGAACUAAAUAUGACUCUUCAAUCUUCACUAAACCAGAACGCAUACUUUAUUCCCUCUCGUGAAACAGAGACUGCCAUGGAAACUGAUGUCUGCAGUGGUGCUAAUGGACCACUUCCACAACUUCCGCCUCCUGAACAGGAAUUUCUGGAAGUCCGUAGGCCAUUUGUAAUGAAAUCCAAAAAAGAUACCUUGUCAAGUGAAGGCAGUUCAGAGAGAGGAGAGAAUGAAGUGAUUGUGGAGCACAGAGCCAGCUUCAAGAAAAAGGCACCUGUUCCUUUACCUAAACGAACAGAACGCAAGCAAGCAAUGGAGUUGGUUGAUGUUUCUGACUUGAAUGAUGAUGUUUUCGUGGAUGACAUUAAAUCAAAUAUUACUAGGAGUAAAUUAGUUAGCCGAGUUCAACAUAAAUCUGUGGCAGAGAGAGGUGGGAAUUUUUCUUCCUUAGAUGACCCUCCAAAUCGUAGUUCUCUUGAUGAAUCUGUUCUACAGUUGGCAUCAUCUCGACAUGAUAAUUUUACAGCAGACAACACUGAUCAAACUGAAGACGUCAGAUUCACCAAAGCUCACAAGUCGGCAAAACUGCAAAGUUUGAAGGAACUGUUUGAGAAAUCAUGUAAAGAAAGUGAAAAACACAAAAAACCAAAUCCUUCUUCCCAGGAGAGUUUAGUGUGUUUGCCUAAUCAACAGAAUACUUGUGACACAUAUAGGGUUGUGAAUGCCAGAGCCUCAUUUGGAAAGCAAAAAUCAUUAUCACAGAUCGAACAGUCAUGUCAUGAACAGCAAUUUGGUGCAUGCAGUGUUGUUUCAGACAGUUUUAAUGUUCCAGGGAAUAGAAGAAGCAUUUCCACUGAUGUGGGAUAUGAAUUCCAAUUUUCAAAAAGCAUGGGAAUAAAAAGUGAAAAAAUUGAUAAAUCUGUAGGAAUUGGUAAACCACCAAAACAUAGAAGUGUUUCAAGAAAUAGGACUGGAAGUGAGUCUUCUAUGUGUGAAGCAGACCAGAGAACAAGGUCAUCACCAAGAUCUGUUGAUGGAUCUCCCAAAUUUGCUAGAGAGGGAUCUCUCAGUUCUAAAAGCUCCCCAAAAUCUCAGAGGGAUUCCUCACCUUUCAGCCAAAUUUCAUCAGAUGAUUCACCAAGGGGAAUCCGACGUUGUUCUGAAGAGAGUUCACCAAGAAGCAUUCGACAUCAUCAGUCUUCAGGAGAAAAUUCACCAGUAGUUCUGAGGGUCCGAUCUGAUGGUUCUCCAAGAGGAACAAGACAUGUUUCUUUUCAAAGUCACAAUCAAUCUUUUACGUCUACUCAAGACUCAUCUGGAAAAAGUAAGGUUGUGGUGAGCUCAGAGAAAAGUGAAAGGAUGACCAAAUCUUGUUCUGUGUUAAACACAUCUUCUCCUGGGGCAUCCAGAGGGAAUGCUUCAGAGGAUGUGAUGAGCCGGUCUUUAACUUUGGAACAUUCUCAAUCCCUAGAAGAAACUGCCACUCAUCUCAAAAGACGGGGGAGCAUUAAAGAACUGAUGCAAUUUUUCGAAAAUAAGCGGGAAGGUAAUGAGGAAGAACCAAGGAGUAAUGUCCGACAGAGAGUUCACAGCGAGUCGCCAACCUUAGGACUUGGUCGUUCUAAUUCGCGAUCAUCUGAAUCCCUUACUCUUGUCAAUGUUCGUCAUAGUCUGGAGUUACCCUCAACAAGUGUCCUAUCUACAUUGGAAGGGAUAAGCACACCACAGCCUGUAAGGAUAGGUCCCAAACCAUUUUACAGUGUCAAAAACAAUUAGUUACUAAGUCAAUAUGUGUUAUCCACAGUGCUUUGAUGCAAGUAUUUAAUUUAAUAGGGACCAGACUGCUUGAACAAAUUCAAUUUCAGAAUUCUGUUUUUGAUUAAAGAAACUAUUUCAAUAAACACAGUAAUUUUUUUGAAAACUCAUUCAAUAAAAAAAAAACUUUGUGGCAAUGUGCAAUAAUGAUCAUUUUUUUAUAGUUAAAUGCUGUAUCCCCAUUCCCAUAUUGAAUUUCAUUUUUUCAAGUUCAAUUUUUUUCAUAGAAAUUAUGGGUAAUUAAUGCAUUGUUUUAUUCAGUAUUUUUGCCAUGCUAUAACUAGUUAGUUUGCUAAUAGGCUACACACUGCCCUGUUGAUUUACGCAGAAGAUCAGAUUUUUAAAUCACUCCAUCUUGGUCAUCUUUGGAACUCAGUAUGAUUAGUGCAGCUUUUCACCAUGUAGUUUUGAAGCAAUGAAAGCACCAUUAGAUCUGAUAGAGUUACAUGACAACUUUAUUAUUUGUCAUGAUGUAAAAUACAAAUAUACAUAUGAUAUGGUUAGUACAUGUAAUUUAGAUAUAUAUCUCUCUAGUCAGUAUUUAUUUAUUUUGUUUAUCUAAUGUAUUUUGUUAGAGACACAGUUCCACAUUCUAUUAAUUGUGUCAUUUUAAAUCCCUGUAUGUGUAUAUAUUGGCAAUGAAUCCUCAGUUCCCCAGCAGUUUUUAUGUUUAAAUUUUGGUUGUAUUUGUGUGGUUGUAUAAUUUGUUGUUAGUGUAUUAAGUUUGAAAAAGUGAUGUAGUUGUUAACUUAGGAACUGUGAAAUCUCUUCUUGAUCAUGGCUUGUUUGAAGUAUGAACAAAUUGCUGCCGAUGCAAGUUGUUCGUUAUCAUUGAAUUGUUAGUGAUUUGUUCAAGUGUGCAUUUGUUAAUGUCCUGGAUGUGAGAGCUUGCUGGUGUGAUGUUGUUUUUUUUUUUUUUUUCAGAAACAGGGUGUUAAUAAUUAUUUGCACUUUAAUGUAUUUUAAUGUACAAGUACUCUAAUAAGUGCUUCAGGCAGAAUCCCAUAGUGGAGAAAGGGAUUUAUAGCAUAAUAUUUAUUUUCUCUUCCAUAAUUCAUCUAUAAAACCUCAUUAACAGGCAAUAAAAUGGUGAUUAAUAAAACAGUACAAAGUGAAA